ACGAAUUGCAUGAUGACACAGAAACAAAACCCAUCUUCCGACGUCGUACAGUUCCCAUAAUUCAUAGAGGCAACAUGGCUGAUACCAGAGAAAAGGGACUUCAAGAUUACAGGAAAAGAUUACUUGAACAUAAAGAGAUUGACGGACGUUUAAAAGAGUUGAGGGAACAGCUCAAGGAACAGACAAAACAAUAUGAAAAAUCUGAAAAUGACCUGAAAGCCUUACAAAGUGUUGGUCAGAUUGUGGGUGAAGUGCUCAAACAGCUGACGGAGGAGAAAUUCAUUGUCAAGGCAACCAAUGGACCCCGCUAUGUUGUUGGCUGCCGCAGACAACUGGAUAAAUCACAGCUCAAACCAGGCACUAGAGUGGCCCUGGACAUGACCACCCUCACCAUUAUGAGGUAUCUGCCCAGAGAAGUCGACCCCCUGGUGUACAACAUGUCCCAUGAAGACCCUGGCAGUAUCUCCUACUCAGAGAUCGGUGGCUUGGCCGAGCAGAUCCGUGAACUGAGAGAGGUGAUUGAGCUGCCCCUGACCAACCCUGAGCUUUUCCUGAGGGUGGGGAUUAUCCCUCCAAAGGGCUGCCUGCUCUACGGACCUCCAGGCACGGGAAAGACCCUUCUGGCAAGAGCUGUAGCCAGUCAGAUGGACUGUAACUUCCUCAAGGUUGUGUCCAGCUCCAUUGUGGAUAAGUACAUUGGAGAGAGCGCCAGGCUCAUCAGGGAGAUGUUCAACUAUGCCAGGGACCACCAGCCCUGCAUCAUCUUCAUGGACGAGAUCGACGCCAUCGGUGGCCGAAGGUUCUCAGAGGGCACGUCAGCUGACAGAGAGAUCCAGAGGACCCUGAUGGAGCUGCUGAACCAAAUGGACGGCUUUGACACCCUGCACAGAGUCAAGAUGAUCAUGGCCACCAACCGGCCUGACACUCUGGACCCUGCACUGCUGCGUCCUGGCAGACUGGACCGCAAGAUCCACAUUGAGCUGCCCAAUGAACAGGCCCGCUUGGACAUCCUGAAGAUCCACUCUGGCCCCAUCACCAAACAUGGAGAAAUAGAUUACGAAGCGAUCGUGAAGCUUUCAGAUGGCUUCAACGGAGCCGAUUUGAGAAACGUGUGCACUGAAGCAGGUAUGUUUGCGAUCCGUACCGAUCACGAGUACGUCACUCAAGAGGAUUUCAUGAAGGCGGUUCGCAAGGUUGCCGACUCAAAGAAGCUUGAAUCCAAACUGGACUACAAGCCCAUAUAAAUGCCUAUAUCAGUAUUCCUAUAUGUGAAAAUGGAAAGUAGAUGAGAAAGAGAGGCUGGGAUGGGGUUUGCUUUUGCGGUUUAACUUUUUGUGUGAUGCAGAAAAGCUUCUUGGGGGUGGUGUCUGUUCUAAUUAGUGUACCAUUUAUAUACAGAGUUGCCAAGAAGUGACCUCAAAACAGUUAUAGAUAUUGGAAAUGGAUACAUUAAUGUCUCUGUCCCCAGUCCAUAGUGUGAAAUUUAUGCCCACUGGCCCAGUAUUUUGGGUUAUAUUAACAAAACAAAUAUUCUUGCCAUUGGAGCACCUGUAUCUGUAAAAUCAAAGGAAUAUGUCACAUUAAAACAUUGAUAUUUCA